AUGUUCAUCAGAACUGCAAUCUCUGCAGUGCUCACCAUCGCAGUAUGCGCCUCCUUCAACGGCGUGCACGCCUCAGAGGCAUCCAAGGGCCUCACCGGAAACGACUUUGCCACCAACGUCGCAUCGGGAACAACUUUCGUCAAGUUCUACUCGCCUCAGUGCGCACACUGCAUUAGACUCGCACCCACCUGGGAGGAGCUUGCUGUGAACCACAAAGAUUGGGCAAACACCAAGGAUUUCAAGUUUGCCGAAGUCAACUGUCUCAUGGAGGGCGAUCUCUGUGAUGAUAACGAUGUCACUGGGUACCCCACCAUUCAAUUGUUCCAUCAGGGCAAGUCGGUCCAUUUGUACCAGGGCGGCAGGAGCAUCGAGGAUUUGACCAGCUUUGUCACCACCAAGGCGAAGGAGUACGAAGUCAAGGCACCUUCCAACAACAAGGUUGCCUCCCAGAAGAGCAGCAACAUCAACCCUUCGGGCAAGGUUACCGUCCUGGACAACAAGAACUACGAAAGCUCGUUGAAGAACGGCGAGCCUUGGUUAGUUGAAUACUAUGCUCCCUGGUGCGGUCACUGCAAGGCUCUGGCUCCUAUCUAUGAAGAGCUCGCCCUGGAAUUGAAAGGCAAGGUCAAUGUCGCCAAGGUCGACUGCCCCGCCAACGAGGUCGUUUGCCGCUCGCAAAAGGUUCGCGGAUACCCCACCAUCAAGUUGCACCAGAACGGUCAAGCAACCGAGUAUAGCGGCCAGAGACAGCUGAGAACCUUGGAGACAUUUGCCCUUGGUGCCACCACCUCCUCCGUCAAGGCUCUUACGCAGCAGGGAUUCGAGGAACUCAGGAAGGGUUCUGAUGUGUCGUUCGUCUACGUAUACGAUGCCAACACCAACUCGGAUGCCACCGAGUCUAUCAACAAGCAAUCUCAGAUCUUUUACGAGCAGGUCUCGAUCUACUCAACCAAUGACGCCACCAUCGCACGCCAGCUCUCGGUCACUUCCUUCCCCGCCUUGGUCGUCUUGAAGGACAACCGCCAGUACAACUACCAGGGAUCCAUCGCCAACCAGCUCGCAGUCCAGUCAUGGAUUGAGCAGUCCAAGGAGCCUCUUGUCCCCUCUCUCAACAAGCGCAACACUGCUGCCAUCUUGAACGCGCCCGGUUGGGUUCUUUUGGGACUUCUCGAUCCCGCAAAGCCUGCUUCGUCUAUUGCAUACCGCGGCCUUGUCGAGUCUGCGCACAAAUACAAGAAGUCUUUGGCCGCAGGUGACCGCACUUUGCUCGAUGGCAAGCCUUUGCGCUUUGCUACCUUGGAUGGCACCAAGUGGACCCGCUACAUUAGCGAAGCUCUUAGCGUCGAGCCCUUGAACUUGCCUGCCAUUGUGGCCGUCAACAGUGACAAGGAGAUUUUUUACCCCAACGCCGCUGACGAACGCCGUGUUGCCUUUGACGAGGAGGCAUUGUGGGAAUACAUUCUUGAUAUGGAGAAGGGCCACUUGGAGGAAAAGUCGACCAUUUCGAGCACCCAGCGUACGUUCCGCCAGAUCUCUAGCCGGGCGUCGUCAGUCUUUACCUUCAUCACCGGCCAUCCCUUUGUGACCAUGAUCCUCUUCUCGGCUGCUGCCUAUGGACUCUUCAAGAUGCUUUGCGGAAGCGGACCCGAGGAUCGUUUGGAUGGUCUCGCCAAGGCGGACUAA